AUGGCGUCCGCCGGCGCAGCGCCUCGGAAGCUCGUGGCUGUCCUCGCUGAGGUUUACGAGUGCUUGGUGAACGCGCGUGCUACAAAACCGAAGCAAGACGUCAAGCAGGUGGCGCGCGCGAUCAUCGACGGCGUGCACGCCUAUCCUGGCUACGGCGCGGCCGCUCAGGAUGCGACCUGCUUGGCUCUGACGCUGAUCGGCAGGAUGGUUGCCACGGUGACGGCUCCCACGUCACACCUCGCCCGCUUCUACCAAGACACGCUGGAGGUCCUGCUUCGGGACCUGGACGUCGUGUCUCAGAUGGUGGCAACGUUUGCGUGUGAAGAGCGAGAUCAAGUGGUCCGUCACUUGGCUGCGAAGAGCGCCUCCGCUUGUGUCCUCUACCAACUGCAAGUAUCCGGCGUGCUCCAUCCCUCCUGGCACGGGACCUGCGAGCGGGCGCUGCUCAGCUUGCCCACUGGCCCCCAACUGGACGCCUGCUUGUGGUCGCUGACGCAUGUCCUCCAGGAACUUCUGCGCGCCAAGCGCCCAGAAGCGGUCAGGACGCUCGUCGCGGCCUUUGACGUGAGCGUCUGCACAGCAGCGUCCAGGUUCCUCAGCGCCGACCAGAGCGCCGGUAGCGCAUCUGGCCUCGCCGACACCUUUUGCCACCUGCUGGACUUGCUGGAGUUCCUCACGGCAUCUGGCGGCGGGAGCCCACGGCUGACGUACGUCCACGCCGCCGCGUUGGUAGCUGCCGUCAGCCGCGCGCCACUCUACUUUGUCAGCAAGAGGGCGGCGCUGUUGCUGAAGCGGGCGGCGCUGCGCAAGGCUGGCGAGGACUGGCUGGGAACGUGCGGAGAAAGCGCCGCCGACGUCGGCGCACUCACCGCCGCCGUGUUGGACGCAGCGGCGGGCGAUUGGCUGUCGAGCGUGAGCGCCAAGUCGCUGACCUUUUUCGGCGGGUCGCGCAGCAGCAAAGGAGGCAGCGAAGACGGUGCGUGCGACACGGCCAUGCUGCGUGCCGUCAGCCUGCUGCUCAUCAAAAGCGUCCAGUAUCACGUGACGUCCGCCGACACAGGCGACGGGGAGGCCGGGGGUCAUCUGACACGUCUAUGGCGGUUCCUGCGCGAGAGGGGACUCCGGCCGACGGACGCCGAUCACGACUGCGCGCUCCUCCCGCUGCUGUUUGCUGAGCAGGACGACGAUAUGAUGGAAGCGGCCAAAGCGGCGCACGUCAUCUUCCUCCGCCUCAGAGAGAACUCCUCGAGCGCCGAAGCCCCCUGCACCGCCGGCUGCAACCCGCACUGCCACUUCCUGUUCCUCCUGCGCGCCGUCUGGUGGGACCACCGCAUCCUGCUGGACUUCCUCAUGUCGACGGAAACCUGCUUCCUGGAGUACUUUCUGCGCUACCUGCGCUACCUGAGGACUGAGUGGCGGAGUUUCGCCGCCUCGUGCCGGCGACUGGACGCGGAGGCGCUGCCGAGGGUUCCCUUUGGCCGAGAAGGGCGAAGGCGGACGGGCGAGCACACGUUGGGGAGAGCAAGGCGUUGUCUGCUCCGGCUGCACCUCUUGCUGGCCAGGCUGCACCACAAGAAACUUUUUCCAUACAAGGCAGACGCGCUCCUGCGACUCUUAUGGCAAGUGACACGACAGCUUGGCCAGGACGGACUGACCUGACCGACUACGCGCUUCAUGCUGCAACUUAGCCCCUCCUCUCGACAACUAAUCGAGCAUCGGAUGAGUUGCUCAUGGUUAGUUGUCCAAAUUUCAGCCUCUGAACAAGUUCAUCAUUUGGCAAAAUAGUCACAAGGUGAGCGGUUUUAAAACGCCAUCAACUUUCAAACGCGUCGCUCAGCCCGAUAGCAAAAUUGCCCGUCUUUUUUUUUUAUACACGCUGUCUGUCAUGUCUAAAUUGCAAUAAAUAAAUUAAAAACACA